AUGGAAAAUUCAGUCCGUAGACUUUCACUUAUCAGCAACCAUCUAGGACAGCACAUUCCAAAGUACACAUGGUUCAAACCUGAUGGCUGGGUAGGCUUUAUUUAGGGAUUUACAGACACAAAAUUUUUCUUACUAUACAUCUUUUAAAUUGGAAAAAAUACCUGUAAAUUUCCUUUUUUUUGCAAAUUAAACCCAAUAUAUAAUUUUAUUUUUUUAUUGAUAAAAAUAACUAAAUGGGUUAAUACCAAAUUUAGCACUAUCAAAUAGAAUAUUACCUAAACAUUUUUUUAUAUUUUAAAGAUUGGAUUGUUAAAAGAAUAGUUGGUUCUUUAAAUCAUUAAAUUUUAUAAAUUAGUUUACUAUAAAAUUUAAUAAUUUUUUUUUAUUUUAAUUCAUAAAACUUAAGGAGGGGGAGUUAAACAAGCAAAAUCAAGUUUACCUUGGUGGAAAUCGCUAUUUGGAUUCAGGCAAAAUUUUACCAUCAUUUGCACAAUUUUUCCAAGAUCAAGGAUUAGAAUUUGCUAAUAAGUCUACAAUACAGAAAUCAAUACCAGUUGACCCACCUGUAAGGAAUCAGGACUUUUUGGAUAGGAUAAAGCAGUUUUCAUUCUAUGUGACUGAAGAGGAUCAAGACCGUGCUUUUCACUCGCAUGGACACACAUUACAAGAAAUGUUUAUUGUAAAGUUCGGAAAAUUUGAUAGAACAGUCGAUCUUGUGGUUUAUCCAGAAACUGAAGAAUAUCUAUCUAAUUAAGGGUACAAAGACUUGCAAUUCUAUUUAAAUUCGUCAAAUUUCUCACGAUGAAGUAUAGAAAUAAAAAAAUUUCUUACUCCCCCCCCCCCUCCGUGAGCGAACAAAACCAUUAGAAAAAUCACCAUUUUUUGACCAAAAACCCACCCUCCGUGAGCGAACAAAAAUUUUUUUAAUAGAAAAAAUUUUAAUGGAAAAAAAAUUUUGAUAUAUAAGUGAUAAUUAGUAUAAUGAAAUCUAGAGCUAAUUCUGUUUAAUUUUAAACAAAUUGCGUUUUAAAACAUAAAUUUUUGCAAUUAAAUUAAUAUUUGCUUCCCAAUUUUUGCAAAUUAGGAUUUUUUUAAAUUUCGAAAAAAAUAUUUUUUAUAAAAUUUAUAUAUAAAUUUUUUUUUAAAAAAAAAAAUUAACCCCCCUCCGUGAGUGAACAAAAUUUUUUUGUUCGCUCACGGGGGGGGGGGGGGAGUUAUAAUAAUUAACUUAUCUAUCAAAAACUGAAGAGCAUGUGGGAAACAUCGUUAAACUCGCUAACGAGCUAAACGUUGUAUUAGUCCCUUAUGGAGGUGGAACAAAUGUAACCCAUGCUCUCCAGCUUGAUCCCAACGAAAAAAGAACUAUCUGCUCAGUAGAUCUUAGCAAGCUCAGCAAAGUCAAAGAAGUAAACAAAGAAAGCAUGACUGCUGUAGUAGAGGCUGGAAUUGCAGGAAAAGACUUAGAAAAAGAACUACUUAAGCAUGGAGUUUGCUGUGGCCACGAGCCUGAUUCAGUUGAAUUUUCUACACUAGGCGGCUGGAUCAGCACAAAUGCAUCAGGGAUGAAGAAAAAUAUUUAUGGAAAUAUUGACGACAUUGUAUCCCUUUUUUUUGAUUUUUUAUUAAAAAAUAGUCCUAUAUAUUUUUCAAAGAAAAAUCAAGGGAAAUUAUUAUACUUACUAUAAGAAUAGUAACACCUUUAGGAACUUGGGAAAAGCCAUGCAACGCUCCAAGAAUGUCAACAGGACCUGACGUAAACCGAGUUUUAAUCGGAAGUGAAGGCUUAUUUGGGGUAAUUUUUAUCUAGAUCAUCACAAGUGCCACAAUUAAAGUCAAACCUCUCCCAGCACACAAAGCAUAUGACUCCUAUGUUUUCCCAAAUUUUGAAUUAGGCACAAAAUUCAUGAAGUUCUUAGGAGUAAACAACAUCCGUCCAGCCAGUGUUCGGCUUGUUGACAAUAUGCAAUUUCAGUUCGCCUUGUCCUUAAAACCAGCUGAGCACUCUAUAUUUAAGCAUUUUAUGGACAGAGUCAAAAAAUUUUAUUUAUUAACUAUAAAAGGAUUUGACCCAAAACAAAUAUGCGCUUGCACACUGGUCUACGAAGGUAAUAAAGAAGUGGUCGAUUUGCAGCAGCAUCAAAUAGACGAAGUCGCUAGAAAUUUCAAAGGACUUCGUGGAGGCCCUGAAAACGGCCUCAGAGGGUAUUUUUUGACCUAUAUGAUUGCUUAUCUUAGAGAUUUUGGGAUGGAGUAUGACCUAGUCGCUGAGUCCUUUGAGACUGCUAUAUCUUGGGACAAAUUAGAUAAUCUCCUUAAAUCCUUGCCUGUAAAAAUUAUAUAGAAAUGCAUAGAAGCUGCAUGUGCUGCCAGAGGGGUUAAAAAAAGACCAUUUGUGUCAUCAAGAAUUACACAAGUUUAUGACACGGGGGCUUGCGUUUACGUUUAUUUUGGAUUUUUCCAUACAGGAGUCCCUGAUCCAGUUAAAGUUUAUUGUGAAGUUGAAGAUGAGGCUAGAGAAGAAAUUUUACGAUGUGGAGGGUCAUUAAGUCACCAUCAUGGAGUGGGGAAAUUAAGGAAAAAAUUCAUGAAUAAAUGUGUGGGAGAGCCUGCACUUUCGAUUUUGAGAGGCGUAAAGAAAGAAGUCGACCCUAAAAAUAUUUUUGCAAAUGGGAACUUAAUUUAA